AGUGUUGUGCGUAAAAAGGAAUCAAAUUUAGUGAAAGAUUGCCAUUUUUGGGAUGUUGCAUCUCGAGUUAAUUUAGUGAAAUGGAAGAAAUAUUAUGUAUGGAAAUUUUCCAAAGGCAAACCCUUCUGAAGUCUUUGAAUAAGAGAGAAAAUAAAUUAGGGUUGUUUCGGACAGAGAAAGAAGAUAGACAAAAAAAAUGGCUCUGUUUCUCAACCGCGUCUUGACGCUCUCUGUAAGAUACAUUCAUCUCUCACACAUCAGAAUUUCUUUAUUCCUCUUACUUUAUGUACUAAUGAUUUAUGUAUGUCCACAGGGACGCAGGGACAAUGCUCGUUUUUUCUCAUCAUUGCCGCAGUUCCCGUAUUUGCUAAUGGGCGGUAAGAAGUUUGGAGAGUCUCCGGAGGGUAAAAUCAGGAAGCACAGGUUAUUUGAUCCGACAACUGAAGAGACAGUGUAUAGCAAAGAGAAGACGAUUCCCAAGAAGCUCAAUGGGCAACCUCUCGUGGGAGCAUCACAAGGUUGGAUAGCUUCUCUGGAGAACAAAGACCUUACCGUGCAUAUCACGGAUGUGUACAAGCCAUGGCUCUCAUCUUCAAAAGUAAUAUCAUUGCCUUCAAUUGGGUUUAAACCCUCAACACAUGCAACGAGAGUGUCUUUCUCUUCUUCUGAUCCUGUCCAAGACGACUUUUCCGUGGCUGCAAAGUUCGACGAGUAUCGGCUAAGUGUAUGUAGGCCUUGUUGGGACUCUAAGUGGACUCACAUCGAGACAGCUUAUUCUCUUUUACCAGCCUCUGAUCUCAUGUAUUCCAAGAGAGACAAAGUCUUCUACUUUACCAGUUUUAAGGGUAACUACAUGGCUUCCUUGGAUCUCAGCAACAACUUCGAGCCCGAGUAUCAACACUUACGCCUUCGAAACCUGCCUAAGAUCCCAGAGGUAGGUUGGGAGAUGUUGGAUAAAUGUUUCAUGACCCACCACUUAGUGGAGUCUCCCUCUGGUGAAAUUUUCUUCAUCAAGUGGUAUACACAGUGCAUUCACAAAGAGGACAAAGAUGGGGAUUUGGAAUAUAUCCACAGCAGUACCAAGCGGUUCAUGAUCUUUAGGCAAGAUGGGAUGAGCAAAGACUUUUGUUACACGGAAGAUAUUGGAGAUCUCUGCAUCUUCCUUAGUGAGAGUGAAGCCUUCUGUCUCUCGGCAAGCUUGUACCCUAGGCUCAAACCUAACUCCAUCUAUUACAUUGGUCCUAGACUUGGUUCUUACGAUCUGGCUUCUGGUACGGACCGUCCCUUCACCUUCGAUCGCCUUGGUGAUCCCUCGCUGGUCCGUACCCCUUUCUGGCUUCAUCCCACUGAUCCCAUUGCUUAA